AUGGAAGAGAAAAAAGCAGCAAGAACAUUAAGUGAACACCUAUCUCUACCUCGUCCUCCACCUCAUGCUGUAGCUGUAGCCAUUAAUGGAAAGAAGAAGAGCAAAUACUCCGUCCUUUGGGCUCUUGAUAAGUUCAUCCCCGAAGGCUUCUCUGAUUUCAAGUUGCUCUAUGUUCGUCCUCCUGUCACUUACGUCCCUACCCCAAUGGGGAAUGCGAUAUCGAUCACAGAGCUUAGAGAUGAUGUAGUAUCAGCUUACAAACAAGAAGUAGACUGGAACACAAACGAGAUGCUUUGUCCUUACAAGAAAAUGUUCGAAAGGAAAAAGGUGCAAGUAGAGAUCCUGGUGCUGGAAUCACACGAUCCUGCAGCUGCUAUAGCAGAAGAGAUUGCUCGCACUAGAGUCACUAAACUCGUUAUAGGAAUGUCUCUUCUUGGAUUCUUCUCAAGAAAGAUCGAUAUGUCUUCCAUGAUCGCAACCGCGGUUCCAAGAUUCUGCACAGUCUAUGUUGUCUCAAAGGAGAAGCUAGCUUCUGUUCGUCCUUCCGAUUCAGAAGCCAGCACAAGAUUCGAGAGAAGCAGUACCACUAGUGUCUCCACUGAUAGUCAUACAGUCCCUUCUGAGCACUCUGUUUCGGAAGCGCAAUCAAGAUUCUCUCAUUUAUCGGAAAUGAGCAGAAGCACGGUGGUUCAAAUGGAUAGGAGUUCAAGCGAGACGGAGCAGAGCGGUAAUGAAGGGAAGAAGAGUAUCAAUAGCAGUGAGAUAUCUAGUGCAUCGUAUCACGCAAUGAGCUGGACUUCUAAGUGGAGGGAUCUUGAGGACAGGAGAGAGAUCGUGAGCUCGUCUUCGAGCAACAACCACGAGCUGGCCAAUAUGGAUUGGGGAGCAGUGGUUCCUGAGAACUAUUCUUUUGUUUCUCAUCAAGCUUCUAACAUGUCUGAUGGACUCCUCAGUGUCCAUUCCUUGACCGAUAAUCAGGUGGAUAUGAGCUUUGAGAUUGAGAAGCUGAGAGCCAAACUGAAACAUGUUCAGGAGAUGUAUGCCAUGGCUCAAACUGAGACUGUUGAUGCCUCUAAAAAGCUUACUGAGCUAAACCAGCAAAGAUCCGAAGAAUCGGAGAAUCUUGUGGAGCUGAAAGAGAAGGAAGAAGAACUCAUGAUGGAAGAGGCUUUACAUAGAAGAGAAGCCGAGAUCAAAGCAGAACGCGAUGCUAAAGAGAAGGAUAAUCUCCAGGCUUCUCUCGUCUCUCCAGGGAUCCAGUACCAACAUUACUCAUGGGAGGAACUCGCAGCCGCCACUUCUGACUUCUCUGAAGAUCUCAAGAUAGGAGUUGGAGCCUAUGGAACCGUCUACAAAUGCAAUCUGCAUCACACCACCGGUGCUGUCAAGGUCCUUCACGCAGGAGAAACUCAGCUCUCUAAACAGUUUGAUCAAGAGCUUAAUAUAUUGAGCAAGAUCCGUCAUCCUCACCUAGUCCUCCUGCUCGGAGCAUGCCCUGAACGAGGCUGCCUCGUCUAUGAGUACAUGAACAAUGGAAGCUUAGAUGACCGUUUGAUGCUAGUCAACGACACGCCUCCUAUCGCUUGGUUCGAGCGUUUCAGGAUUGCUUUAGAAGUAGCUUCAGCGCUCGUCUUCCUCCACAAAUGCAAGCCUAGACCCAUCAUUCACCGCGACCUCAAACCAGGAAACAUCUUGCUUGAUCACAACUUCGUCAGCAAACUAGGGGACGUUGGUCUCUCCACAAUGGUUAACCAAGACGACGCCGCUUCUAAACUAACGGUCCUCAAGAAAACCAGUCCUGUUGGAACACUAUGUUACAUAGACCCUGAGUAUCAGAGGACAGGGAUCAUCUCACCUAAGUCAGAUGUGUAUUCUCUAGGUGUUGUGAUUCUUCAGCUGAUAACCGCGAAACCCGCGAUAGCCAUUACUCAUAUGGUGGAAGAAGUGAUUGGUGACGAUGCUGAGUUCAUGGAACUGUUGGAUGUGAAAGCUGGAGCUUGGCCUAUUAGUGAGACUCGUGAGUUAGCUGCUUUGGGACUGUGUUGUACGGAGAUGAGACGUAGAGACAGGCCAGACCUCAGAGAUCAGAUCAUACCGGCUUUGGAGCGGCUUUGGAGAGUCGUCGACAAAGCUCAGAACUCGAUCUCCAGAACUCCGUCGUCUGGUCCUCCAUCUCACUUCAUCUGUCCACUUCUCAAGGGAGUGAUGAACCAGCCGUGUGUAGCUGCGGAUGGGUAUACAUACGAUCGUGAAGCCAUAGAAGAGUGGCUGAUAGAGAAGGAUGUGUCUCCGGUGACUAAACUUCCAUUGCCUAACAAGAACCUUCUUGCUAAUUACACUCUUUACUCAGCGAUCAUGGAGUGGAAAUCCAAUAAACAAUAG